AUAAGGAAGUGCGGAGUAAUACAAUUAGGCUUUACUUUACCUGAAGGGUCCUUGAAUAGGAAUUGGGGCUUCAUUUUCCUUCCCCUUUCAUCUGCGAGCGAGCUAACCCUCGGAAUCGGAGUCACAGAGAGAAGAAGCACUAGAGAAGUGAGUGAAAGAUCAGGAGAUAAUAGAAAAUGGCGACGCUGGCUCGGUCCUCUCGAAGAGCCCUAGCAACCACUCUCUCCGCUUAUUUGCGCCACGGACAAUCUCAGUUCCGCCGGCCGCUGGCUACGGAGGCGCAGGCGGCAAUCAAGGAAUCAUCGCCGGAUCGAGUCAAGUGGGACUAUCGAGGGCAGAGAAAGAUCAUCCCUCUCGGGCAGUGGGCCCCUAAGGUAGCUGUGGACGCCUACGUGGCCCCCAACGUCGUUCUCGCCGGUCAGGUAACCGUCUGGGACGGCGCCUCUGUCUGGAAUGGCGCCGUUCUCCGCGGGGAUCUCAACAAGAUCACCAUCGGCUUCUGCUCCAAUGUCCAGGAGAGAUGUGUCAUUCACGCCGCUUGGUCUUCCCCUACAGGGCUUCCUGCCGAAACAGCUAUUGAAAGAUAUGUGACCAUUGGUGCGUACAGUCUCUUGAGAUCCUGCACUAUUGAGCCUGAAUGCAUCAUUGGCCAGCACUCCAUACUUAUGGAAGGUUCUUUGGUGGAGACCCACUCAAUCCUUGAAGCAGGAUCCGUUGUCCCACCAGGGAGAAGAAUCCCGAGUGGUGAGCUCUGGGCCGGGAAUCCUGCAAGAUUCGUUCGCACUCUAACCCACGAGGAGACACUGGAGAUCCCUAAACUUGCCGUUGCAAUAAAUGAUCUGAGCAAUAGCUAUUCCUCAGAGUUCCUACCUUACUCAACAGUGUAUUUGGAAGUUGAGAAGAUGAAGAAAUCAUUGGGAAUCUCAAUCUGAAGCAGAGUGCUGCUUGAUGUUCUUUUCUUUACAAAGAAAAUAAGCAAUUGUAGGACUCGAAUGCACGCAAAGUUUCCUUGUUUUGCAUGUGAUUUUUGAAAUCCAACAUGGUGGACAUUCCAUGGCUUCCUUUGGGAUAAUAUGUUUCUGUGUUGUAUGGCUAUGCAUAAUAUGCAUUCUAAGGGCGGAAUCUACCAUAACAUUGUUAAUUGUAGAACUCGAGCUUUACCUUAAAUUAAACAAAUCUUUGCAGAUGGACAUUGUAUUUAACGUUGCAUUCAUAUGAUUGCAAGGGAGGAUUUCUCGCUGUU